AUGCCUACCAAACUGCUGCAGUCAGAGCCUCUGGCAGAGCUCCUCGCUCCGGUGGUGCCGGUGCUGGAGCAGCACCGUGUUUUGGCUCCGCCUGGCCCGGCCCCGGCCCCGAACGAGGCCCCUCCCGCGGCUCCGCCCGCAGCCGCCCCGCAGCCGCCCGGCUCCCGGCCCGCGGCCGGCGGCUUCCCCGGUGCGAGCCCCGCCGCCCGUCAGCUCGGCCGCCGGCCCCGAGCCGCCGGAGCCCGGGGCGGCUCGGGAAGCAGCAGCGCCCGGGGCGGGCGGGUGCCCCGGGCAGAAUGGCGAGGGCGCCGUGCCGUCCGCACGGGCGGAGAAGCCUCCCCUGGAGCAGCUCUAGCGGGAGGGCCCGCUGCUGGGGAGCGGCGGCUGCGGCAGCGUUUACGCCGGGACCCGGCUCGCCGACGGCGCCCCGGUGGCCAUCGGGCGAGUGGCCCGGGAUCGCAUCUGGGAGUGGGCGCGGCUGCACGACGGCGCCCUUGUGCCCUGGAGCUGGUGCUCAAGUGGAUGGUGUCGUGCCCUGGCUUGGGCGGCGUCGUGCGGCUCCUGGACUGGUUCGAGCUGCCCGACGGCUUCGCGCUGGUCAUGGAGCGUCCGGAGCGCUGCCGGGACCUGUGGCACUUGCUGGAGGCGGGCGGGUCCCUGCCAGAGCCCGUGGCGCGGGGGCUGUUCCGCCAGGUGCUGCAGGCCGUGCGGCACUGCACCAGCCGCGGCGUCCUGCACCGCGACAUCAAGGCCGAGAACAUCCUCGUCGACCUGGCCACCGGCGAGGCCAAGCUCAUCGACUUCGGCUGCGGCACCAUCCUCCAGGACACCUUCUACACCUGGAUGGCAGAUUGCCAGCACCUCAUCAGGUGGUGAUUAUCCAUGGACCCUGCAGACAGGCCAUGCCUGGAAGACCUUGUAGAGCAUUCUUGGCUGCAGAAGCCCCACCUGGCCCAGGAGACAGCAGAGAUCCAUCCCUCUGCACAGUAGGAUCCAGGAGCUCAACAAGUACCUGCUGCUCGCGUCUCGUGGCGCUCAAAGAAAUCCCCAGAGCGUUUCCCUGCUGGCCUGCAGCACGGAGCAGAGAGCGCGGCCCAGGAGAUGCUUCCGCGGGUUCCCGCGAGUUGUGGAGGGAGCGGCUCAGGGCUCCCCGUCCUGUUGGAGAAGUCUUGGCACAGUGCGGUGAAGUUGAUCUGGAGUGGAAAAGGGGAAACAUCCCCCUGCAGCUCAAUGGCAUCGUGGUGUCCCUGCAAGCCGAGGCACAGCUGGCGUGUUCUUGUGGAGCGCGACGCGGAGCCGGAGAACCAUCCUCGAGCUGGCCUGAUGGGGCAAAGCCGAUGGGCUUUGGUUUGGCCCCUUCCUGGAGGACACGCUCUGCACCCCGACAAAAUCAAGAUGAGUCCCCAGCCGGCGCAGGGGCGGGGGGAUGCUCGUGCUUCCAGGCACGGCAGGGCUCGGCCUGGCCACGCGCCGCAGGUUCCCCGCUUGGCGGCAAUGGGGAAUAUUGAUCUUUCUGCCGCCCGCCCGGCUGCUUUUUGGCAGGACAUGGGACGGGUGUUGUGGAAGGGGAGCCGGCUCCUGUCCUUGCUGAGAGCUUCUGCCAGCAUGCCUGCUACGGGCUGGGGUGGGGGCAGUGAGCCUGACCAAAGCAUCCAUCCAUGUGGAUGGGGAGCGGCAGAGGGGGAUGGGUUCUGAAGCCGUGCCCCAGCUGCUCUGCUUUGCAGGCCCUUGAGGAAGGGAUGGGCUUACGGGUGGGAAAGGUGGGGUUUUUCCCACCCCUGGAGAGGUUUCAUUCUUCCAUAGAGUGGUCAGACCCUCCCCAGGCCUGUGAAACGGUAAUAACCUUUGGUGCUUUUUCUUGUUCCCAGGUCUUGUUUGGAACU